AUGACGAGAACUCGUGCUUCAGGUGGUACUUCCCCCUCAAAGACCAUCAAAGAACCACUAGGUCUAUCGAAACCUACUUCGUCCUCUACCAAGACCAAACCUAAACCCAAGGAGAAGAAAGCAGUCGAGAAAUAUUUACCAUCCCAAUCAGAAUUCAUGGAUGUAGCUGAAUCGUUGAAAGUACAAGUUGGAGAAUCGAUUCAUCUUGAGGCUCCCAAGAGGGUCAUGUCAACUGAAUCAUUCGGCUGGACAGGUUCGAGGAAUGGUUCAGUCACAUUGAAGAACGGCAAGCAAGUGGAUGUCAGUUUAUCGAUCAACGUCGUUGUUCAGAAUUCCAGUCCGAACAAACGAAAAUCCGUAGGAGCCGAUACCAAAGGCAAGGCGAAAAAAGGGAAGGUUAUCAGGUAUCGUAGUAGUAGCAGUAGUAGCGAUUAG